AUGAACAAUCAAGGACCAUCAGUCGGAAGACUAAACCCUGCGUUCACUGACCCUCAGGAUGAACAGGAUCAUCUGGAGAAGUCAAGGAUGGGUCAGUCUGUGCAACAACCGUACUAUCCCAACGCAGGAUACCAGAUUCCAAGAGUCAAUCCCAAUCCUUCUGGAUAUCCAAACCAACCGUACGAAUCUCCAGCAGCCCCUCAGGGCCAGUAUGUCUAUCCAGGAAUGCCUGUGUAUCCCCAAGUAGCAUAUGAUGGUCAAACUGGGGUCACAGUUCAGCCCACUGUGGUCAUGGCUCCACUGCUAAUGGCUGCUCCGGAUUAUUUGGGCUACUCCCUCUUCACCAUGCUGUUCUGCUGCUUACCUCUGGGCAUCGCUGCUGUUGUCUACUCGUGCUACACUCGAGAUGCUAACUUGGCUGGACAUCGAGAGAUAGCGAUGAGCAGCUCCAGAGCGGCCUUUAUCCUCAACAAUGUGGCUCUCGGUAUCGGCCUCACAAUCACUGCAGUGUCACUUAUCAUCAUUUUUACAUUAUGAACAGACGUAUUCUGCUUCAAAUGCAUCUACUCAUGCUGUAACUCAAGACUUUGAUUUUGUGGAUGAAAUGACAAAUAUUUUCCAGACCCUCUGAGGGAAUAAUCUAAUAUGGAUGUGUUUUAUUUCAAGUUGUAUUUAAUGCUGGCAGAUUGAGCUGUAAAUUGUACAAUUACCUGUGCAUUCUGGGCAGAAAUGAAACAACAUUUUUAGUUAGUAGGCUGAUUUAAAAUGUUUCUUUCAAAUAAAGCAUUAAAAAUGAAAUGGAA